AUGUUCUUAUCAUCCACUGAUCAUAGCUCAUCUCCAAAUAAUCCAUCAUCUUCUUCCAGUUUCUUACACCUGACCAACUCUAGCCAUGAGUUAGGUCAAUCACAUCUUUCCAGUUUCUCCAUCAGAGAUUAUGCAUUUAGUCACCGGACCAAGAACAUCAACGAAAGCUGGCCUUUUUCCUCAACAAGUUUGCAUCUUUGUUUGAAACAUGGCUUAAGUGAUCCAUUGCCACCGAUUCAGCCUCUUGGCUCUGUGAUAAUCCCCACGGUAACAACUCCUCCAUUGCAGACGACAAACAUAACUCAUAUUGUUGAAGCGAUAAGCUCCAAGGGAAAGUUGGAAAAACUUGGCUCCAAUCAUACAUUAGCAGAGACCAAACAAGGCUUUGAGAAUGGUCUUUUGGCGAGUGGUUCGAAAUCCGAAACACAAGUAGCCAUCGCUAACAAGAAUCAGAGAAAGAAGUGUGGGUUAAUAGUGAAACCUGGAGCUUGUGUGGAUAGUGGAUCAAAAGAAGACCUUAUGGCUUUGAGAACUUGUCCCAUCUGCAAAACCUUCUCGUCUGCUUCUAACACCACUUUGAAUGCUCACAUUGAUCAGUGUCUGUCUGUUGACUCGGAGCAGCAGCAGCAGCCGCAGCCAAUUAGUAAGGCAAGCAAGCCUAGGAAUAAGCCACGGUUGAAAGUUAAGUCGAUGAUUGAUAUCUACGCCACUGCAAAAGCAUGCACAUUAGAAGAUCUUGAUAGAAGAAAUGGAACAAAGUGGGCUGUGGUUUCGAGCUACUCCAACGGCGUUGUCUCUGAUGACAAGCCUGAAGUGUCCAACAAAGGGAAGAAGCGGAUCGUGUCGCGUGUUCGCAUUGAAGAUGACGAUGAUGCUGGCAUUGGACCUGUUUACAUUGAUGAUAAGGGCCAAAAACUGCGGAUUAUAUCUGAGGUUCACGAGAAAGCUUCUGAUCCAUCGAGAGAGAAAGAAGAUGUCAGUGAGAAGAAAUCUUCUAGUGAAGGUAAAGGGAGUUACAAAAGCUUUAGGAAAAGACUUGGUGGGAAGAAAUAUCACAAGCACUGUAAACUCGUAGUUCCUCAAAACAAGAAACUCACUGUUCGUAAAGGCAAUGUUUCAGAGAUACCGAAGCAUCGAAGAGGAUAUUCUGAAGAAGGUAGAGGCAUAGAGAGGUUAGAAACUUCUUCAGGUCCAGUUCAGCGAAGGAUUUUCAACCAGCGGAUGCUAACAAAACGUCUUCUUUCAAGAAAUGAGAACAAGAAAGAGAGAGAAGUUUGUGAUCAGCCAUCUUAUGAGAAUGUGCAUUCACUGUCAUCAGAUCGUCUUGUGUUAAGAGGUCCAAGUCAGGCGAGUACUGAUUUAUCCGAGACGGUUUCUUCUCCUUUGAACAGUCAAAACUCAUCGUGGAGAACUUGUGGGGAGAGUCAAAUCUUUGGAAAGAGCUGGGGUUUUUCUAGGAGGAAAAGAUCAUUUGGAGCAGAUCCCUUGAGAUGUUCAGUACCUGUGGAUAAGGUGUUUGCUUCCAAGGGAAAGGGCAUAAUGAAGUUGAAGAAAGCUCGGUUGGAUUUCUCGGAGAGUGAAGAUGAAGAUGAAGAUGAAGAUUCAGGGAGAUGGGAGUCUGAAAUGACUCAAGAACGUGAACUGGCAGAUUACGAUGAUUGGGAUGAAAAUGAAGAAACUGAUAAGGUUUUACUAAGCUCGAGUCCUUCAGAUAGUGACGAAGACAAUGAUCAUGAAAGCUACAAAGGAGAGGAUGAUAUGUUGGACAAAACCGAUGAUGCAGAUGCUGAGUUUGAAAGCAUGAUGUACGAGAAAACUGGUUGUGAAACUGCAGAACGAGGAAGCUCAUUCAUGGAGGUUGAUCCCAUUCCUAUUCCAGGACCUCCGGGAUCAUUUCUACAGAGUCCUUGGGAUAUGGGAACUGAUGCGACAGAGAAUCUUGGAAACUCUUCGGUUAUCACAAGCCAGGUCCAAUCUUCCCAAGACCAUCUUGAUCUCACAGACAGAAACUCAUCGGAAUCACCUGUUUCGGCAAUUUCGAACUUUGCGGCUCCUGAAACAUUCAGUCUCCAUAACAUCAUCACCACAGACAAGAGACCUUCUAGAUUUAGAGACAAUGAUCAGCCAUGUUGUUGCCAAAGGAAAGAGAUAGCUUUUGAAGAUACAACAUUUGGGCAACCUGCAGCACCACACAUGAACCAACAAGAUUUGAAUCUCUUGAGUAAGUCUGUUCCGGUUGUUCCUUCAAGUUCAAACCCGGUUUUGCGGUUAAUGGGAAAAGAUCUGAUGGUUAUUAACCAACGAGAAGAGACCUCACAUGGAGAUUCAAGUCUUAGACCAGCCUCUCAGUUUCUAGAUCUCUCUAGGACACAACAGGUGUCUCCUCCUGCGCAUCUCCUUCAUCGUCCUUAUGAUGGAAGCGGGUUGUAUUUCGACUCAAGCACAAGUUUCUACAACAUUCCAUGA